GGUCUGAACUUCACUCUCGAUGCAACUGAUUUAUGUAAACACAAUGAGGAUCAUAAUGACUCGUGUUUUCCUUUUUUGCCUCCUAUUCACUGUGACGACUAUCCCUCUUGGCACAGCUGGGAGAAGUAUUGGAAACGGCUUUUCUAAUAUCAUAAACACCAACAAAGGACUAAGAAACAUAAUUGAAGGGGACAUUUUACGAAAUCCAAGACGGACUGCUUCCUCCUGUGUGACUGAUUCCUGCAAGUGGCCAAAGGUGAAUGGAGUAGUCAAGGUGCCCUAUGUAUUUGAAAAUGGUUACAAAAAUGUUCAAAAGAAUCUCAUCAAAAACUACUUGAGCAUCUUCAAAGACCAAACCUGUGUUGAAUUUGUGCCGAGAACCGAUGAAACAGAUUACAUCGCCUUUACAAAUCAAAUGGGGUGUGCAUCUUACGUUGGUCGACAGGGUGGAAAACAGGUUGUCUUUCUAAAACACGAAAACAAUGGAGUCACUUGUGUAGAUAGCUAUGUGGUGCAGCAUGAGGCCCUCCAUGUCAUUGGUUUUCUACAUGAGCAAAACCGCAUUGACCGAGAUGAUCAUGUGACGAUCCACUGGGACAACAUCCAAUCAGAACUACAACCAAACUUUAAGAUUUACAGCAGUGUGAACUUGGGUAUUCCCUAUGACUACAAUUCUAUCCUUCAUUACAGCAGAACCACCUUCUCCGAGAACGGCCAGCCAACCAUCACUGCCAACGAUGAUUACGACCGGGUCUUAGGAGGCAGCGUACUGAGUGCUGAUGACAUCAGACGAGUUAAAGCACUCUAUGAAUGUUGAAUCCAAAAGAAUUGAGACAACUCUCAACGCCAUCAAUGUGAGGCAUUCACUUUACAGCAGGGGAAAAUCAUCAUCAUUCAUGAAGGAGGGCCUUUUCUGUUUUCUAUCACUUUACUGAGGUGGUGGUCUAAAAAAUAUAUUAUGCAUACAGUAAUGAGCUGCAAACAAAGACUUUCAGUCUAAUGUUGUUUCAAAUGAACCAGGGGGAAAAAUCAGUUGUCAAUGUCUUUAUUAUUAUUGUUGUCUUAUUUGGAUCAUCACUGUAUUGACUCAGUGGUAUUACAAUACUCUGCUACAGUGAAGGUAAAUUUCAAAUAAAACUAU